CAACAACAAUAGAACGACCGUGUACCUGAACGAUGUGAACCGUGAUGUACGAUCGCUGAGGAGGACGACGACGACGAGAAGAAGAAGAAAGUGGCUCGGGAGUACGUAAUAUAAUAAGCUCGAAACACUGAGAGACACGGCGACGUUAACGAAGUAAAUAGUAUAACAGGAGGAGUCGGUCUCUGACCGAACUAGUGAAGUGCAACACUUUGGAAAACUCUCUCUCUCUCUCUCUCUUGGUACGGUAAACAAACGUGGAAAUAAUAAACAGAUACCGCGAGACCGUGGUUAUAACAGUGACUUGCUCUCCGCUCACCGUGUGCAACGCGCUCACAUGUCGUCGUCAAAGGUGCGAUGCGGCGAAUCCUGAGUUUGAGGUAAAAGGUGCGGGUUAAAUGGUAAUGGCGCUUGUCCCACAAACAAGAACGACCCUCCUCCGCGCAUCGGAUCAACAUAUUAUUCGGCGUUAGUUUAUCCGCGAGGAAAGUGUCGCGCGAGGCGAAGGCUCAUUGGCGUUUGUUUCACCGGGGCCAACCGGCCCCCACCCCUCCCCCUCAUCCAUCCAUCCAUCCAUCCCGCCCACCCACCCUGCCAGCCGGCGCGAUAAAAGAUAGAAAUAAGUCAAAUUCAAAGUUUGAUAUCCCGGACUUGGCACGAGCUGAGAGAUAAAUAGCGACGAAGCUGAAAUUUUCGAUUCGAGGAUAGAAACGGAUGAUUUGUUCCGGUGGUCAGUGUGACAGGAUAAUAAAAAAGGGGCGGAUUAUAAUCGCGGUGUCUUCUUCCUCGGUUACUUACUUGCUUCCUUCCUCCCUUUCAGUCUGUCUGUCCGUCCGUCGGUCCGUCCGUUCUUCCGCCUCUCUCCCUCAGUCGACACACACACACACACACACUCGCGCACACACACGCGUGCACAAACACACACUUGGGAGCUACAACUCGUCGCUCGGCUCCUCCACUUCCUUCCUGUGUUGUACACCUACCUUCCUCUCUUCUCUCCGCCUCUCGAGAGCUGUUAAUAAUCCUCUCGGCGCCACAUGCAUAAAUCGAGAAAAUAACAAUACACAUAUUUAUUCAAUCACCGUCGUCGUUCCGUCGCCGACGACGCUAAGUUUGUCUUCCCCGCUCGGUGCACAAGACGAGAAGAAGAAGAAAGUGAGGAUAAAAGGACGAGAGAGGGUGUCCGAAGACUUUUAAAUCUAAAUCUUCAGUCAACGACGUAUCCCACCAACGAACCAACCAACCAACGAACCUACCUACAACCUACACACGGAAGCAUACGUCGUGUGGCUGGGCAGCAGCAACGGCAGAACUCUCGAUACUCGCACCACGCGAGUAUAUAUCCACACUGUGCGUGCAUCGGCAGCAGCAGCAACAGCAGCCCAAGUCUCUCUCUCGGGCAUGUUGUCCGAGGAAAAGUCGAUGGCAAUCAAGAGAGGAAACCUCCUCGUCGAGCCCGCCGUCGCCGCCGCCGCCGCCGUCGGAUCGGGACGUCCGUCAAUCACCGCCGGCACGAACCGAUUCCUCGCCAGACUUUCAGGGAGGCGACGGCACGUGCGGAAGACAUCGGGAGGAACACCCGCCGCCGGCAACGAAGUGGAGGUGGAGGUGGCGAAGGAUGAGGAGGAGGAGGAGGACGAGGGGGAUGACGAUGAGGAGGAGGAGGAGGAGGAGGAGGAGGGAGAGAGGCGCGCAGCCUGCUGCGGCAGCAACGGCACCCUGGUGCACCAGGAGCAGCGAGGAUCGAGGGGCGAGGAUGCGGAGCGAGGGAGAAACACGAGGACGACCACCCUUACUAAUUCUACGAGCCUUAAACCCAGGCACGACGUCAGAGAUGACCGCGAUGCCUGCAACGAAACCAACGCCUCUUUUUCAUCGAGGACGAGAGGAGUUACCUGUCGGAUACCAACCUAUGUUGCUACCUUCGUACUUAUCGUCAGCUACUCGCUGUUCGGUAUCGCAGAUGCAUGCUCGUCACGGUCUACGCCAAAGCCACGACCACCGACGCCGACGCCUCGACCCAAUAUCACAUUCCACAUGUACAAGUGUCCGGAUGACUACGCGCAAUGGUAUUGUCUGAACGGAGCUACUUGUUUCACCGUUAAAAUCGCCGAUUCGGUUCUCUACAAUUGUUUAUGUGCGAACGGGUAUGUCGGGGAAAGAUGCGAGUUCAAGGAUCUGGACGGUUCCUAUUUACCUUCGCGGCAACGUGUGAUGUUGGAAACUGCGAGCAUAGCGGGAGGCGCCACCAUAGCAGUAUUUUUGGUUGUUAUUAUUUGCAUAGCUACGUACAUCCACUGUAAACGUAAACAAAAAGAGCUGCGCACCAGCAGUAACUGUGUGGACACCGUCGACGGACCGGGUCGGGAUCCGGAGCUCAGGCCUUUCAGUAACCAUGGUCGAUCGCUCAGGAUUUUCAUGGCGAAAAAUUCCAAUCACAUUAACGGGAGUCCUUCCAUAGAACAAACUAAAAUGCCGGAAUGGAAUUACUGUUCAACCGAAUCGACGAGAAUGGCCUCGAUAAGCGAAGGGAAACGGUCAAACAAUCAGUAAGGGAAAUUUAAAAAGAAAAACUGAAAAGUUUCUUCCGGCGCUUAGUUAUAAAGCUGCCUUACGAUAAACUCUGUGAAGAAAACCAAAAAGUGCUACGACUGCUGCAACACUCACUUCUCGUGUUCGUUUCCUCCGCAUCUCUACGUUGCUGACUUUUACAGAUCAGAACAUAGACUGUCCCUUCGUUAUGCAAUCAGCGGACGACCAAAACAAUAAACAUACGCGCGCAUGCUCUAAUCAGUGACCAAAUAAUUGUUAAUUAUAAUAAUUAUAUCGAAGCGCGCAGAGGUUUCUUUUUUUCUAUUUCUGUAUCGAGAGUGUUAGUCCGGAACAAAAAAAAAAAAAAAAAAAAGUGAUGUGUACACAGUGAAGAUAGCAACAAGACACUGAUUGAUCAAAAAACUCUAUACAUAUAUACAUAGAUAUAUAUAUAAAUAUACAUAUAUACAUAUAUAUUUAUUUAUAUAUGUAUAUAUUCACUAAUAAAAUUUAAAAAAAUAAAAAUACUAACCAAUAUUGAUGGAAUUAUAAGAAAAUUUAGUUAUAUUAAGUAGGCUGGUUAGAGAAAAUGAAAGGAAUUCAUUUCAGUUCCAUAAAACAGUAAAAAAAGAUGCCUUGUGCUUAGCACGCGCUUAUAUACAUAUACACACUCGAUAUUCAGUAUGGUUUGUUAAUCAAACGGACGACGCCUCGAUGCCCGUCCCCCCCGGGAAUCCUAACUGAUAGAUAAUCUACCAAUAAUUAAUCGUCGAAACAUUCCGAACGUGCAGUUUAUGUCGUAAAAUGAAGAAAAUUACGCAAUUUCAACACCGGAUAGAAACGGCACCACUUCGUAAUCGUAAUUAUGUAUUAUCAGGGCUCGGUUCGGGACCGAAGCUUUUGUUCACUGUUCGAUCAUUUCCUUUUAAUGUAUCUUCGUUUUUUUUUUUUUAUUACAUGAUAUUUUAGAUCGAUCCGGUAAAGAAAGAUUAUUGUGUGUGAAAUGAAGUGUGAAAAACGGAUAAGAGAACUAUUUAAAAAAAUCUAACUGUUAAUUUAUUGCCAACAAUUCGUGUAUUUAUUCUUUAUUUUUUUCACUUUGUUCGUCAUAACAUCACCGUCGAGAGAGAGAGCGAGAGAGAGAGCGAGAGAGCGAGAGAGAGAGCGAGAGAGAGAGAGAGAGAAAGAGAUAAACUACUACAAGCAAAAACGAUCAGUUCAGAAUUUAAAUAUUUUUUAACGGUACAAAUAAAAUAGGUCAAAAAUGUUUAUAAUAAUUAAAGUUCAGUUUCAUUCGCUCAUUCAUUCAUAUUUAUUUUUUAUUACAAUUUUUCUGUGUCGUUCCGCUCCCGAAUACGGAUUAAUUUUUAUAAUUUUUAAAUUAUAAUUAUGGUCGGUGCCUAUGGUUAUGAAUUUUUACUUGUAGCAGCCACAAGUAUGAAUUUCUAUAAUACAAAAUUCACUUUAUAAUUGAAAGCGUAGUAAACGCGAGUGAGGCGGGCCUCUUUUGUAAAUAGUAAAUUAUCUUUAGGGCUGCCCACGUGCCUAACUUAUAUUACAUAUGUACACGCGAAACGAACAAAAUGUCGAGUCUGUUAUUAUUGCUAUUAUAUUAAAUCAAUUACAAAAAAGUGAUUCCCUUGCAGAACACCAAUCUAUUGUUGUUUCGUAUUACGAAAUAUAUUAUUAUUAUUAUCAUCAUCAUCAUCAUCAUCAUUAUUAUUAUUAUUAUAUAUAAAUAAAACGCUAAUUUAAUUUAGCCUGUAACGUAUAUAAUUAUUUCAUAGGAUUAACAUAAUAACAUGAAAUAUCCAAUUGAUGAUUUGUAUAUUUGUAGAUAAUACUUCAGGAACAGAUAUUUACUUCUCUUUCUUUUCCUUUGUGUUUUUUUCAAAUUUUUUUUUCCAUGUUUUUUUAAAUCUGUUCUGUUUUCCUCCCCUUCUAUUUGCGUAUCUAUACAUAUAAAUCUAUUUAUAUAUUUAUAUUUAUAUAUAAGUAUAUAAAUAAUUUAAGUGACAAUUAUUACUUUGUAAUAAUUGCAAUCAAUUAUUUUCCCCCAGUAUUUAAAUUAGACCUAACUCGUUGAUAUAACAGAGAAAGAGGUCGUAGAAAAAAUUAAAAGAAAAAAUACAAACACAAAUCGCGUAGCCUCGGAAUAUUUUUUUUCCCCUGUAUAAAGAGAAUCAUACGAUAAAGGAGUUGAAGAAAGUAAAAAUAAAAGUAAAGUAAAAUUUAUAAAUAGUAAUAGGUAAACGUAAAUAUUGUAUUCUUAUUUAACUUUUCAUUAUUCUUUAUUAUAUUGUACUUGGUUCCUAAUUUAUUAUUAUUAUUAAUAAUAGUAUAAUAAUUGUAAUAACUUUUUAUAAGGACAUGUUGCAACAUGUUAUGCGGUGCGAUUGAUGAUAUACGUGAGCGAAUGCGUGAUGGGAGAAAUUGAAUGAAGCGUGUGACGUGCAGAGCCGGCAGUGGCCUUUGUUUUUCUACUCUUUUUUCCUAACUUUUGUCUAACUCAGUCGA